AUGAUUCGCUCUCCUGUGAGUCUUGAGACUGCUGCUCUUACUGGUGGGGUUUGCGUGGCCGUGCUUGUGUGGCUUCGGCAAAGGCCCUCAUCUUACCCUGGAGAUGCCAUCCCUAAAUCCAAACGGCUGAAAAGAGAGCCGAAGUUCAAGGAGAAAUCACAGAGAGUGGAGAAAGGCUGGCAGCCAUGCACCGAAGGUCAAUCUGAAGUUUUGCCUCACCCAGUUUCUGGCCAACAAAUCUGGGUAUACACCUCUGGCAAGGCUUGUCCGGACGUGCCGGAGUUUCAUCCAGCUGAGAACCCAAACAGUGCCGAUAUCAUCUUCAGAAAUGCCAAGUUGCAAGCAUGGAAGGGUUCUACGCCAAAGGAUCAUGCUCCAGGUGAUUGUUUGUCUGCAGUCCGGAAGGGCUUCAGCUUCUAUCAAAUGCUUCAAUGCGAUGAUGGUCAAUGGGCUGGCGAUUAUGGAGGUCCCCAUUUUCUGCUACCUGGCUUUGUGAUUUCCGCCUACAUCACAGGCAACAUGGACAAGAUCUUCCCAGAGUCACAUCGUAAGGCAAUUCAGGCCUACCUGUUGAAUCAUCAGCAAGUGGAUGGUGGCUGGGGAACUCACAUUGAGUCUCCAAGUACUAUGUUCGGGACGGUGCUCAACUACGUGGCUUUGAGACUGGUAGGAGUGGACGCCAAGACUUUGGAAUGUGAGAAGGGACGGGAGUUCAUGCGUCAGCAUGGGGGAGCUCUGUAUGCUCCGUCAUGGGCCAAAUUCUGGUUGGCCGUGCUGGGGGUCUAUGAAUGGAAAGGUAUAGCACCAGUGCCCCCAGAGAUGUGGCUUCUGCCCAGUUGGUUCCCAUUGCACCCUGGAAGGUUUUGGUGCCACUGCCGCAUGGUGUACCUGCCGAUGUGCUGGUUGUAUGCACGCAGAUUCACCUACAAAGCUGCAGACGACCCAGUGACUUCAGCACUCCGAUGCGAGCUGUUCCCAGAUCAGACAUAUGCCCAAAUUGAUUGGAGGCGACAUGUCCACAGCGUGGCCGUCAUUGACAACUACAGUCCCAUCCAUCCAUUUAUGCGCUGGCUCCAGGAGGCUCUUCUGGUCUAUGAGCGUUUUGGCCCUUGGAAAUGGUUGAGAAAGAUCAGUAGUGACUUUGCCCUCGAAUACAUCAACUCUGAGGAUUUGGAGACCAACUUCUUGACGAUCGGCCCGGUCAGUAAGGCCCUUCACUUGCUGGUGAGCUGGGUCGAAGCUGGUGGUGAUGCGAAUGCUUCUGAGAGCCGCUCCUUCAAGGCGCAUGUGCAACGAGUUCCAGCAUACCUUUGGGUAGCUGAGGACGGAAUGAAGGUUCAGGGUUACAAUGGCUCUAUGGCAUGGGACACAUCCUUUGCCAUGCAAGCAGCUGUGGACUCUGAUUUGGUGUCGGAGUUCAAGGCCUGGAGUUGGCUCGUGAAGGAACAGGUCCGCAGUUUGCCGUAUGGCGAUUGGAAGCACUGGCGGCAACCCAUUCAAGGUGGCUGGGGCUUCAGUACAGCAGAGCAGGCAUGGCCUGUAUCCGACACCACAGCUGAAGCCUUCAAGGCUGUGCUAUUGCUUCGCAAGCAGUCAUGCAUGAAGGGAGAGAGUGGGCAAAUGCCAGAUCAGCACCUGUUCGACACGGUUCGGUUCUUGCUGUCCUAUCAAAACGGUGAUGGUGGCUGGGCAACCUACGAGAACAAUCGUGGAUGGAGUUGGUACGAACUCAUGAAUCCUUCCGAGGUCUUUGGAGCCAUCAUGAUCGACUAUUCCUAUGUGGAAUGCUCUUCCUCUGCCAUGCAGGCCUUGAUGCUGUUCACCGAGCAGUUCCCACAGCACCGAGCUGGCGAGAUUGCGCGAGCGGUUCAACGUGGCGCACGCUUCAUUGAAGCCAUGCAGCGAAACGAUGGCAGCUGGUAUGGAUGCUGGGGCAACUGUUUUACCUAUGGCUGUUGGUUUGGCAUCGAAGGCCUACUGUGUGCCGGGCGGCCAAGAUCAUGUGCGGCCAUCCAGAAGUGCGUCAAGUUCUUGCUUGGAAAGCAAAACGCCGAUGGUGGUUGGGGUGAAGAUUUCUCCAGCUGCUUUGACAGGGAGUACGCAGCCAGGGAUAAGCUCUACGGAUGCGAUUCGGGAAGCACCGUUGUGCAAACUUCUUGGGCUUUGUUGGCGCUCAUGGCAGCCAAGUGUGAGGAUUCAGACGCGAUUCAGCGCGGCAUUGGUCUGCUUUGGCGACGCCAGCUACCAACAGGGGACUGGCCUCAGGAGAACAUCGCCGGGGUGUCCGGGAGCCAAGUGGCCUUGUUGAGCGACAGAGUUAGCGCAGAUUUCGGGAUUCCGAACUCCCGAAAACUGCUGGCCGGAAGCAUCGCUGCUUGGGUUUGCAGGUAUCACCAGCGGGUCUCAAGACAUGCGAAGUGUUCGAUUGCAUUGUUUGCAGUAAAGACUGCUACAAUGGCACCGCCGGUUACAUUGUCAACCACAACCCUCAAGCUAUUGGCAGCUGAAGAGUUGCAAAAGUUAAAGCUAGAGAUGCAGGCCACACCUUUGAGUUGGGCAACAGGGAAUGAUUGCCUUGCUCAAGUGCAGCGCCAUUUGCAGACCCUCCUAUGGAUUGCCCAGACCUAUCGUCAAAUCCAAAAGCAGUUUCCUUCCAACCUGGACGAGGUGGAUGCCGAAAAGAUCCGCAACGUCUUGAACUGGCUUGUAAACCAAUGCAAGGUGUCCAUCCAAGAGGCCAGAGUCGCACUUGGAAGGACAGCAGAAGAUUUCAUUGCAACGCCGAAGUACUACUACUCGGAGUUGCGAUCGCGGCGGAAGUGCCUUCAUCCUGCUCAAGAUCAGGCUUUUGAGAAGGAAGAACUGCUUCGUUUUCUAUGUACAGAGGUUUUGGCUUUCCUUCGUAUGGAGGAGCGCUUGCACGUCCUUGCACAGACUGCUGGUGAUCCAGUGCCCGGAUACUGGCAGAAAUGUUGUGAGUGGGCGCACAAAAAUGCAGUGGAGUUGACAUCUGCUUUGAUCGGGGCAUAUGCGCUUCCACAGGUGACGGGUGAGUUGCAGGAGUGCUCCAAGGAAGAGACGCAAGUCUGGCAUGAUAUGAUUGAUGGUUCCAAGGGCCGCGUGCGCUUUGGCUCCUCCAGUUCUGCCUCACGAACGGAUCAAACUGAGGUGAAGGCGAGGGAAGAGAGGCAUGAUGGGUGCUGUAAGGCAUGUGCGGCAAAGCCCGUGUUUGUGGUGUCAGACUGCACUGGUGAAUCAGCUGAACGAACUGUUAGGAGCGCACUGGGGCAGUUUGGUCACUGCUUUGAGAGAAGCUGUCAAGCAGAUCUUACCACUUUUCGCUUCGCAACGUCGAGCAUGAUGGAGGACAUCGCGCGACAAGCACGUGAGCGGAAUGCUUUUGUGGUCUACACGCUAGUAGACCCCGUGGCCAAUUCCUUACUAGCAAAGUAUUGCGAGGAGCUGGAAGUUGAAAGCCAUGACCUAUGGAGCCCUUUAUUGGAGAAGAUGGAAGGUUAUUUCGACACCAACCGCCUUGGUGUGCCAGGUCGUCGACAAUAUGCAGAUGAGAGUUACAUGAGUAUGAUCGACUGCAUUGAGUACAGCCGACUCUUUGAUGAUGGGGUACAUCCUCAGCGUUGGGCAGAGGCAGAUUUCAUGAUCGUCGGGCCAUCUCGCAGUGGUAAAACACCACUGUCCUUUUUCAUGGCACAGCGCGGAUACAAGGUGGCCAACUAUCCACUGGUGACUGGUGAAACUCCUCCUGAUGAACUCUGGAAGUUUCCGCAGGAUCGUGUUUUUGCCUUGACGAUUGAACCCAAGAAGCUCGCGGGCAUCCGCAGUAUUCGGAUGAAAUCUCUGAAGAUGAGCCCAAAGUCCACCUACGGCAGCCUUGGUGCUAUUCGGGAAGAGGUGAAUUGGUGUACAAAGCUUUACAGGUGCAGCGCUGUCAGCACUUUCCUGAUCCCUCCAAAGAUGUGGUCGGCUGUGAACCAUGGCGCAUGA